AUGUCAAGCAGCUUCGCACUAAUCCCGGCUGGAUUCUACGGGAAACCAGAGGAUAUCGCCCAUCUCACCGCCUUCCUCUGUGAUAGCGAGCAAUCCCGCUACAUCAUCGGCCAGAGCAUUCGCGUGGAUGGGGGAACCUCGUUGGUUUGCCCGAUGAUGCUGGGAGAAGAGAUAUCGUCUGUUCAGAAGCUCGAAACGGACCAA